AUGAAUAAUACUUAAAAUAUUGAGAAUCUUAAAAACUUAGUUGCAAAAAAAAUAGAAGCUGGAGGUUUCUUGAACUCAUUAAGAGCCUAACUAAAAGUAGAAGUUUAUAAAAUUAUUGAAUCUUAAGAUUAACGAUUAAAAGAAAAUGUUGGUUUUUAAUGGGAACAUCCUUUAUUGAAUUAAAUCAAAGGAAUGACAGAGGGAAUAAAAAGUCUUGAAUUAAUUUUGGAAUAUCUUGAAUUUUUCAAAUUUGAUUAUACUGCAUAAGUUUUAAGAAAAGAAGCUAACUUUAAUGAUCCUAUUAUUAAGGAAUCUUUGGCUCGAAAAUUAGGAUUAAAUUCAUCCCUUGAUAGUAUGAGACCUCUAUUAAUGAUUUUGGUUUCUGAGUUUUCAAAGGGAGGUUCUACUAUCAAUAUUCAAAGUCCUGUCAAUAAUGCAGCUCCCCCUGAAACAAACAUAACUAGAAACUAAUAGAAUAAAAAAUAACAAGAAGAGGAAUAAAAAAGAAAGCAAGAGGAAGAACAAAAGAAAAAGGACUAAGAAGAGAAGAAAAAGCUUGAAGAAAAGUAAAAGAAAGAAUAAGCCGACUCAAAAAAAGCUACCAAAAAAGAAGGCAAAGAUAGGCCUUAAACUGCACCACCUAAACCUGAAUAACCAGCUCCUAAUGUGAAUAAGAUUAGAGGAGGAUAAACAAAAUAAAAUGCUCUAACUUCCAUGUUUGGACUCGAUCUAGGAGGUAACUAAAAUUAGUUUGAAGAAGAUGAUAUCUUUUCUAAUAAACCAAAAUAAUAAUAAUAAUAACAACAAAAACCUUAAUAAAAUACAAAGGUGAAUAAUUAAAUUAAAAACAAUAAUGCUUAUGCUUAUGAUGUAGGAGCUGAUUCUCAAUCUAAAAAUUAAAAAGCUCAAAAUGUAAAGGGAAAUGCAGGAAAAUAGGUAUCAUCUGACCCUUAUGCCUUUGAUUUAGAUGAGUAACCAAAAUAAUCUUAAAAGAAAUAUGAUUAUGAUCCCAAUUAGACAAUAGGAAAGAAAUUUAAUAAUCCUUAUGCCAUAGGAGAUCCCUAAAAAGGAUAGCCUUAAAAAGGAUAAAAAAAUGACGAAAUCGAAGAGGACAUUGAUGAUUUCCAGUAGUCUAGAGAUGAUAGGGCUAAAUAAUCAAAUUAAUUAUUUACAUCCGAUGACGAUUAUUAAAGAGCGACCUAAUCAUUGGGUGUUGACGAAAGUGUAGACUCAUUAGCAUUAGAAGAGUACGAUUAUUAUGAAGAUGUAUUUCGCAAGAGAUGA